CUUUUCAAUUUCAUUCCUCUUCCUCAUUUCAAUCCUUACUAACACUAUUUGUGUUUUCCCUCCUUCCUCUCUAUUUCCCUUUUUAUCCUCCUCUUACCCACACGUGUUAAAGGCCUAUCUGUCCAAACCCCAAACAAACAUACAUCCCAAGUCAAUCUCUUCUCCUUCCUAGUCAACAUGGCAGACUCAUUUCUGUUUGAUGUUGCAGACUCCCUCUUAGGAAAACUCGCUUCUUAUGCUCAUGAAGAAGCUUCAAAGGCUUGGGGUGUAUUCGAAGAACUACAAGGAAUCAAAGACACUCUGGCUAUUGUCAAAUAUGUACUAUUGGAUGCCGAAAAUAAGAAACACCAAAAUCACGGGCUACAGGAAUGGUUGAAGCAAAUUCAAAACAUCUUGUAUGAUGCCGAAGAUGUAUUAGAUGAAGUUGAGUGUCAAGACUCACGAAACCAGUUUGUUCAAGCUUCUGGCAGCAAGAGGCAGAAGGUAGGACACUUUUUUUCUUCUCCUUUUUUUCGUCUUAGAAUUUCUCAUAGAGUCAAAGAUGUUAGGGAUAGAUUGAACAAGGUAGUUGCUGAUAGGAAUCUAUUUGGACUUGAGAGAAUGAAUGUCAAUGCUAGUGUGGAAAGUAGAGAAAUGAGUUAUUCUCAUGUUGAUGCUUUAGAUGUUAUAGGAAGGGAUAAUGAAAAAGAAGAAAUUAUCAAGCUCUUGUUGAAACCCCGUGGUCACGGCGGUGAGGAUGGUGAUAAUGGUCUGUGCGUGAUUCCCAUGGUGGGAAUUGGUGGGUUGGGGAAGACUACACUUGCCAAGUUGGUGUUCAAUGAUAAGAGGAUGGAUGAAGUUUUCUCAUUGAAGAUGUGGGUAUGUGUCUCUUAUGAUUUUGACAUUAGGAAGAUAAUUGUUAAGAUCAUUAACUCGAGUUCGUCACCGGUUUUAUCUCUUGCUUACCAAGAAAACAUUGACCACUUUGAUGAUGAGCAGCUCGUGAAUCGUCUUAGACAUAAGCUUUUUGAUCAAAAGUUUUUACUGGUUUUAGAUGAUAUAUGGAAUGUUAACCUUUCACAAUGGAAUGAGUUGAAAGAUUUGAUAAAAGUUGGCGCAGUAGGAAGCAAAGUUUUAGUCACGACCCGUAGUAUGUCGAUUGCUUCAAUGAUGGGAACGGUUCCUGCAUAUACUUUAGAAGGUCUUUCUUUGGUUAACUGUUUGUCUCUCUUUGUCAAAUGGGCAUUUAAAGAAGGCGAAGAAAAAAAAUAUCCAGGUCUAUUGGAGAUUGGAAAAGAUAUUGUGAGAAAAUGCCGAGGGAUUCCAUUAGCAGCGAGAACGUUGGGAAGUUCACUGUUCUCUAAAUUUGAUUUAGAUAAGUGGGAGCUUGUAAGAGACUCCGAAAUAUGGAAUUUAAGACAAAACAAAGAUGACAUUUUACCUGUGCUUAAGUUAAGCUAUGAUCAAAUGCCGUCCCAUUUGAGACAUUGUUUUGCUUAUUUUUCCCUUUUUCCAAAAGAUUAUCUCUUUUCUUGUGGUGAAAUUUGUAAUCUCUGGAAUGUAUUUGGAUUACUUGAAUCACCAAAUGGAACUCAAAAGCUAGAGAAUGUUUCAAGAGAUUAUAUUGAUGAGUUACAUUCAAGAUCAUUUCUUCAGGAUUUUGAAGACUUUGGCCACACAUGUGUUUUCAAGGUACAUGAUUUGGUGCAUGAUCUUGCAGUGUAUGUUGCAAAAGAGGGGUUUGUGGUGUUAAACUCUUGUACUAAGAAUAUACCCGAGCAAGCAAGGCAUUUAUCAAUUGUUGAAAAUGAGUCAUUUGGUCGCACUUUGUUCUCCGAGUCGAAAAGUGUGAGAAGUAUUUUGUUUCCCAUCCAAGGAGUGGGUCUUGAUAGUCAAACACUCUUGGAUUCAUGGAUAUCAAGAUAUAGAUACUUGCGUUAUUUAGAUUUAAGUGAUUAUUCAUUUGAGGCUCUUCCGAAUUCGGUUUCUAAAUUGAACCUUCUUCGAGUUCUCAUUCUUUCUCAUAACACCAAAAUCAAAAGACUUCCUGAUUGUAUAUGUGAACUCCAAAAUUUACAAGUGUUAUCAGUCAGAGGAUGCACAGAGCUUGAAGCGUUGCCUAAUGGACUAGGGAAGCUAAUCAACCUUCGACAAUUGUUUAUAACAACAAAGCAAUUUCUUCUGUCACAUGAUGAAUUUGAGAGCAUGACCCAUCUUCAAACUUUGGGUUUUCAUUAUUGUGAGAAUUUGAAGUUCUUUUCCAACCCUGCGCAACACCUCACUUCCCUUGAAACAUUGUUUGUUCAAUCAUGCGGGAGCCUAGAUGCUUUGCCUCUUUAUAUCUUCCCAAAAUUACAAACUCUUUUAAUUUCAAACUGUAAGUUGUUAAAUCCAUGGUUGAACGAUGAAAGCCUUAUCAGAAACUCGAGCUCGAUGAAACAUCUAUAUCUUGGGGAUUUUCCAAAUAUUUUGACAUUGCCUCAGUGGAUUGUAGGUGCUGCAAACACAUUACUUUCCUUGGUGGUUAAAAAUCUUCCAAAUCUUACAAUGCUUCCUGAAUUUUUAACAACCAUGACUUGUCUUAAGAGGCUUCAUAUUGUGGAUUGUCCUCAACUGUUGAGUCUUCCAACUGACAUCAAUCGCCUGGUUGUGCUCGAAGAUUUGAGCAUAGACGGUUGUCCUGAACUGUGCAGAAAAUGUCAGCCUCGAGUUGGUGAGUACUGGCCCGUGAUUUCUCAUGUCAAACAUGUUUUCAUCGGAGAACCAAAAGGAGAGGAGAAUUGAAGUCUAUUCAUAUAUGAUGUAAGUUUUAGAGAAGUAAUUUGUAGAUCAAUCCUUUCUUAAGGAAUCUAUUGGAUGAUGUAUUUGAACACGAGUAACCUAGUACAUAAUGUAGAGUAUUAUUCUAUGCAAAUGAUUCUGUGCAGUGGUGUUACAGUACGUGGUUUACAAGAGAAAAUGCCAAGGUCUUAUACUACUAGAAUUUGGAGCUAUUGCUGCUUUCACUAAUUUCAUUUUCUUUUUUCAAAUUAAAUUCAAUAACCCAUUAUACAAUUGCACCAAUAGCAUUGUUCUCAAUCAAUUUUUUUGAACUUUAUAAGAAUCAAUGUAACUAAAAGAAACUCAAACUUCAUCACCACUCCAAUUAUUCUUUGCCUUUGAACCUGUUGGCCCUUUCUGAAGGCGCCUCCUUUGGUAAUGCCCGAAUUAUAUCUUCGAAACCAUCUUUUAACUUCCCAGGCAAUAUUUUCAAAACCUCCUUUGUUAAUCUUUAUUAUUUGGUCUAACAGCGUAAAGAUUGAAGUCAUUGGAUCCCAAAAUCCAUGAAAAAGACUCGCAUUGGUUGAGGGGAGGUUUAUCUGGUGUUGUGGUGACAACAUGGCCUUAAGUUUUGUAGCCAUCAGGUGCUACUGGUAGCUAAAGAUACUAUGUAGAAUCUUGAGUAGCCGUGACGAAUGCGGUGUUCCAAAGAAGUGUAUAAUCAACCGGUGGUUUUAAACUGCUAUUUGUGGUACUUGAAGAAACAUACUUUGCCACAAGAACAUAUCCAAAAAGAGGUUACUUGUUGGGUUGGCUGUAGCAACCUAAUAUAGAGAAUCCUUGAGGUAUUCAUGUUGGUUCAUAUACUGAGAUGCCUUGAUUGUCAGAGCCACCGUCGAAGGCACCCCAAACUUUCUGAAAUGUGAUUCUUGAGACACUUGUAGCCCACCUGUCUCAAGAAUUCCACCUGCAAAACCAUUACCUGUAUUGUAUGUGGAAAUUCAACACUUACUAAAGUUUGAGUUUUCAUUUUGAAGAAUAUAACACAAGGUGAGCAUGACAUGUUGGAUGCCUUCUGGCCAAGAAGAUGUUGGAAGCUUGAAUGUGUAGUCGAUGGGGCGAGAGCGGAUUAGGUCCG